AUGCGUGACGUCACCAGCGGUCACCUGCUGGACGCGCAGCUGAUGAUGUCAUCGGACGUCAUCGCCGCGGCGGCCGGCGGCGGGCUGGCGCCGAUAGAGCUGGCUCUGAUGCAGGAGAGAAUGGUGGCCAGCGCGGCAAUCGCCAGGGAGGGCCUGGGGGGCAUCGAGCAGCUGCUGCUGGCGUCAUCCUAUGAGCGCCGCGGCGACGGCGGCGGCGACGGCGGGGGCGGGGGCGACGCGUUCGGGCAUGCGGCGGGCAGCGGCGCGGCGGCAGCUGUGGGGCUGUCGGGGGCGCUGCUGCUCGGCGGCGACGGCAGCGGCAGCAGCAGCGGCAACGGCAACGGCAACGGCGGAGGCAGUGGCGGCGGCCACAUCAAUUUUCACGCUGGUUACGGGUGCUCGUCAGCUGUCGCGCACGCAUCUUCGUACCCGUCACUCCUGCGGCCGCCGUUGUCCCCCCAACUGCCAGCGACCUCCCUGCCGGCCGCCUCGCCCCCGGGCAUGCCGCCCCCCAGCCCCGCGGGCGCCGCAUGGCGCCUGCCGCACGCGGGCUCGAUGGGCGCGCCGCCGUCGCCGUCGCUGCCGUCGCCGCCUCAAGGCGGCCGCGCCUUGAUGGCAGCGACCUCCCCACUCUACGGCGGCCCCUCCUCCUCCGCCUCCCCUUCCAAGCUCUUCGCGGCCAUGGGCGCACCCCCGCCGCCCUCCCCCGCAGCCGUCAUCGCGGCCCGCAACGCGGCAGCCGCCGUCGCCGCGUCAGCGGCGGCCGCGGCCGGGGCUUCAGGCGAUGCUGAUCAGUACGGCCGCUUCGCGCCGCCGCUGCGUCCCGGCAGGAGUGGGGCCGGCGCUGCAGCCUCGCCGCUCGGCCUGCCGCCCGGCUUUGACGCGUUUGGUGGGGCCGGCGGCGGCGUCGGCAGUUACACGCUGAGCCCGGGGCUGGCCGCUGACCUGGCGCUGCUGCAGGGGACCGCCACCGGCGGCGGCGGCGGCGGUGGCGGCCACGGCUUCGGGGCUGGCCCCGGUGUCCUGCGGGCCGGCAGUGGCGGCGCAUCCUCUCCGGGCCCGGCGCACGGCCGCAUCCCGCUCGACCGCCCUCCUGCCGAUGCCUUUGGGCAGACACAGGCGACAUACGGACACCCGUCCGCGCCGGCAGCGGCGGCGUCCCUGCCGUCUGCGCUUCUCUCGCCUGGUACCCCUGCCACGCGCGCAGGCGGCAGCGGACCGCCGAUCGGCGGCCUGUUCUCGCCAGAUCAGUCUCAGGAGGAGCAAGAGCAGUGGGAGCUGCUCCGCAGGUCCCAGCAGGCGCUGGCCGACCGCGCGGCGGCCGCUGCAGGCGCGCCCGUCUCUGCUGUGCCCUCCGCCGGCGACACAGAUUCCCUGCCCACUUGGGCGCAGCCGCAGCAGCAGCACCACCAGCAGCAGGAGCAGCAGCAGGCCCACCACCCGCACCCGCACCAGUACCAGCACCGUGACCAGCAGCAGGGGCAGCAGCAGCAGCAGCAGCAGCAGCAGCAGCAGCAGCAACAGCAGCACCACCAUCGCCACCACCACCACCACCACCAGCAGCAGCAGCAGCAGCAACAGCAGCAGCAGCAGCAGCAGCGACAGCAGCAGCAGCAGCCAGAUGGCCGUGGUGAGCAGCCCCUUGCGACGGCGGCGCUGCUCCCGCUGAGCCCACCGCCCCCAACCACGGCCCCGCCCCCCCUGUUUUACAGCGGCAGUCCCCUGCUUGGGCGCGCUGCCCACGCCGCCGCCAGCAGGGGCGGUGCCAGGCCGGGGCGUGGUGGGGCCGACAGCGGUGGCGACGGCGGCGCCGCCGCACUCCCACCAGCCGGCGCGUCGCCCGGCGCACCCUCCAGCCACAAGGUCGUUUCGCCGUUCCUGGCGGCCCAGGCUGCGGCCACAGGAGACGAGCAGGCGGCCGGCGGCGGCGGCGCCCACUGGUGUGACAGCGGCACGGGUGGUGCAGCAGGCUCGCACGCCAACUCCAGCGCCGUGGCCGCUUCGGCCGCCCCUGCAGGUGGGGCGCCCGCUGCCCCUGGGCUGCCUAGCGGCUUGCAUGAGGCCGCCGCGGCCGCGCCGCCGCAGGCCAGCGGGCGCGGCAGCGGCGGCGGCGUGCUUCCGCUGGCGCCCGGCCUGGCGCACUUGCCCCGCCAGCCGGCCGCGUACGGCUAUGGGCACGACGUGGCACAAAGGGCCAGCCCUGGCCGCGGCGCAAGCCUGGCGGAGGCGCUAGGGGCAGCAGAGCUCGACCUGGGGACCGCCUCAGGCCAGGCGCUGCCGCUGGCCGCCGUGCACACGCACGUCCAGGCGGCCGAGCAGCAGGCGCCCUAUGUGAAGCUCGAAGACGACCCGGGCGGCAGCAACCGCGGCGGCGGCAGCGCGGCCGCCAGCGGCGGCGGCGACGGCCAGCAUGCCGGCCGCGGCGCGGCGCCGCUGGACGCGGGCCGGCGCCAGCAGCAGCCGGCGCCCGGCGCCGUUGUGCUGCUGCGGCGGCGCGUGUCCGCGGGGCCGUCCUCCCGGGGCCACCAGGCGCCCAGCGCAGAGGCGGUCGCUGUGUUUGCGCGCUCCGCCGCUGCCGCGGCGGCGGUGCGCCGCCCAUGCGCGCCCUCCUCCGUAGGCAGGCCACCCGCGGGGCAUGCGGCGUGCGGCCGCGCGGACGGCGGCGGCUGUGGCGGCGGCGUGGGUGGGUGUGGGGCCGGAGGUUGCUGCUGGGGCGGGGAGGGGGAGGGCGAGGAUGCGGUGGAGAUGAUCGAGGGGGGCGCCGCGCUCGCAGCGGGGCAGUACGGCUGCUGUGCGGCCGCAGGCGCGAUGCCGAGCGCGAUGGAUGAGGACGGCCGCUGCUGCGGCGCCUGCGAGUGA